AAACGUGAAGCGUGUACAAUAUGUCGGAAGAAAAAGCUACGCUGCGAUGGCGCGAAGCCCACCUGCGGCACGUGCAACAAACUUGGUCAUGGAUGUGCCUACGUUGAAGUUCGCCAGAAGGGCGGACCAAAGCGCGGAUAUGUUAAGAGCUUGGAAACCCGUUUGAGUAUG